AUGACCACCAUCGAAGAGCCCGAGACCAAGAAACGCAAGAUGUCUCCGACCGAGAACGACAAAUCCGACCUCGCGCCGACGUCGAACUUGCUCAUUAAACGCUUGUCGGAGAAGGCGAGGUUGCCGACGCGCGGGAGCGCGCUUGCGGCUGGGUAUGACUUGUACAGUGCUGAGGAGAAGACUAUCCCUGCGCGUGGCAAGGCGCUGGUCGACACUCAGAUUUCUAUCGCUGUACCGGCGGGCACGUACGGACGCGUCGCACCGCGUAGUGGCCUAGCUUCCAAGUUCAUGAUUGACACAGGCGCUGGUGUCAUCGACGCGGACUACCGCGGAGUAGUCUUCGUUCUCCUCUUCAACCUCUCCGACCAAGACUUCACCGUCAAGGAGGGCGACCGCAUAGCGCAGCUCAUCAUCGAAAAGAUCCAGACGCCGGAGGUCCUUGAGGUUCAGGACCUUGAUGCGACCUUACGUGGCGCUGGUGGCUUUGGGUCUACCGGUGGACACGGCAACCUUUGA